AUGACUUUCGAGGAUCUCCUACCUGAAGUUGGAGAACAGGGCAGAUUCCAGCUCCUUCAGGCCCUCACUUUUGUUCUCCCUAUAAUAUUUCUAGGGACCCAUUUUCUGAUCGAGAACAUCACUGCUUUUGUCCCUCCACAUCGCUGCUGGGUGCGCUUCCUUGACAAUACCUCGGCUUUGCUCAAUGUGAGUGAGAACCUCAAUUACAGUUCCCUACUAAAGCUUUUCAUCCCCCUGGAUUCCGAUGGGAAAUUAGAGAGUUGUCGCCGGUUCUCCCGGCCACAGUGGCAGCUCUUGCCCCCGAAUGUCACAGGGCAAAACCUGAGCCACCUGGAGUCGGAGCCAUGUGUGGAUGGCUGGGUCUAUAACCAAAGCAUCUUCACUUCUUCCAUCGUGACUGAGUGGAACCUGGUGUGUGACUCAAAGUCACUGAGGUCCUUGUCUCAGAUGCUAUUUUUGUUUGGGAUUCUUCUGGGAUUUCUCAUAAUGGGAUAUCUCUCAGACAAGUUUGGGCGAAAACGGAUACUGUCUUUAAGUUACUUCUUGUUUGCUGUCUCCAGCACCGGGGCUGCCUUUGCCCAGGCAGUGCUGGUUUACUGUUGCUUUCGCUUCCUGAUUGGAUUUUUCAUGGCAGGAAUUUUCCUUUGCAGCUCCUCACUCGUUAUGGAAUGGACGACCACCCAGCACCGGUCCCCACUAGCUGUCAUGAUAUCCUUACUGGUCAGCGUGGGCCAUCUGUUUAUUGGGUUCCUUUCCUAUGGCAUCCAAGAAUGGCGCAAACUCCAGCUGAUAGUGUCUGCUCCCUUCUUUUUCUUCCUCCUGACCAACUGGUGGUUGUUAGAAUCUCCCAGAUGGCUGAUUGUCAACAAUAAAUUCGAUGAUGCCUUAAAGAUGCUCAGAAAAGCUGCAAAAAUCAAUGGAAAAAAGGAUAAAUCCCUGACUAUAGAGGAUUUGAAAUCCGCCAUGAAGAAGGAGUUGUCUGCAAGCCAGACCCAUAACACCAUGUUGGAUUUGGUUCGCUCACCCAUCCUGCUUAGACGAAUGCUCUGUAUGUCUUUUACAAGUUUCUCAAUAGGAAUACUUUUUUAUGGACUCACACUAAAUCUUCAGGAGUUGGGGUACAAUGUUAAAAUCCUCCAGAUUACUUUAGGAUUUUCCAGCUUCCUAUCCAGGUGUGGAACCAUUUUCAUAAUGAAUUACUUUGGCCGUCGAACGAUAACAAUACCUUGCCUCUUCUUUGCUGGACUGUUCACGCUUCUCUGUACAUUUAUGCCUCAAGGAAUUUUGCGGGCGACUUUGACAAUGCUAGGAAUCAACUGUCUCGUGAUCUGCAUUUCGUGUAAUUCUGUCUAUCACACUGAGCUCCUCCCCACUAUAGUCAGGAACAGGUACAAGGGAAUCGUUCUCACCAUAGAUCGGAUGGGGGCAAUGCUGGCCCCAGUGGUUAGUAUACUCAAGCACUAUAUUCCAGCCCUGCCAUUGAUCAUCUUUGCACUCCUAAGCAUCACUGCCAGCUUUGCGGUCUUCUUCCUCCCUGAAACCCAAAAUAAACCAAUGCCUGACACCAUCCAAGACCUAGAAUGUGGACAUUCAAGAGAAGAAGCAAGAGCUGAGGGUGACCCCAUGGCGAAAGUAAGCCAAUUUUAGGAUUACUCCCAGGAAUCUAAUUAAGAAGAAAAUGAUGCUAGUCUAACCCAGAGUUUCCUCUUCUCCUGGUGGGGAGGAGACGCAUCCAGCCUUUACAGCACCAGUGAUCCUGUUUGGAUUUCAGGUUUCCAAGAGGUUUUAGUAGUGCAAAUCAAUCACUAAGCCUUAAUUAAACACUUGCUAAUCAUCUCUGUACCACCUCACAAUGGCUAAUAUGACAAAAAAAGGGGGGAUGUGGGAAAAGUGGGACACUAAUACACUAUUGGUGGAGUGGAUCCAUCCAUUCUGGAGAGCAAUUUGGAACUGUGCCUGAAGGUCAAUCAAACUGUUUAUACUUUCUGAUUCAGUAACACCCGUACUAAAUCUACAUCUCAAAGAGGUUUUGUUGUGUGCUUUUUUAAAAUGGGAAAAAGACUAUUUGUACAAAAAUAUUUAUAGCAGCUCUUUUAAUGGUGGCAAAAAAAAAUAGGAAACUGAGGAGAUGUCAAUCAAUUGAAGAGUAGCUGAAAAGUUGUGGUAUAUGAUUAUGAUGGAAUAUUAUUGUGCUAUAAGAAAUGAUAAGCAAAGUGCUUUCUAAAAGCUUGGAAACACACAUGAACUGAUGGAAAGUGAAGUGAGCAAAAUCAGAACCUUAUACACGACAACAGCAUCAUUGUAUGAUCAUGUAUGAUCAAUCAUGAAUGACCUAGCUAUUCCCAGCAAUAAAAUGAUCCAAGACAAUCCAAAGGUGUCGUGUGAAAAAAU